AUGGAUUCUAAUCCAUAUCAAUAUUUUGUUGAUCUUUUUCAAAGUCAACAAGAAUCUUCCAUUGGUUUAGAAUCUUCUUCUAUUCCGCCAUUUGGCACUCAAGCUUCUGAAGGUUCUAACUUCGAACAAGACAGUCCUGCAGCGCGUACACCAAGAAGGGCGUGGACAUCAACAGAUGAUGUCGUUCUCAUAAGCUCGUGGCUAAACACGAGUAAAGAUCCCGUUGUAGGGAAUGAGCAACGCUUUGUUGCUUUCUGGAAACGGAUAGCAGCGUACUUAUCGGCGAGCCCCAAGCUUGCAGGCUGUGAAAAAGAGAGGCGUCUCAAUGCUGCAACCAGAGAGAAGAGUAGUGGACAAAAUGAGAAUGAUGUUCUCAAAGUAGCCCACGAAAUUUUCUUCAACAACCAUAAGAAGAGGUUCACGCUUGAACAUGCUUGGAAGGAGCUCCGCAAUGACCAAAAGUGGUGUGAGCUUUCGACGGUUAAAAAUGAAGGAAUCUCCAAAAAGAGGAAGUGUGAGGACGGUUUUAAUUCGGCAAGCUCUCAAGCUGCGACUGGGGUAGAUGAGGAAGGAGCCAUUCGUCCCCCGGGGGUUAAGGCAGCAAAAGCCCGGGGUAAGAAGACGAUGGUUGAGGGCUAG